AUAUCCCUUUUUACACACGGGAAUGGAUUUUGCCGGACCAGUGCUGAUAGCUGACCGAAAGGGUAGGGGUAGCAAAACAAUUAAAUCGUAUAUUUUAGUUUUUGUCUGUCUUUCAGUCAAGGCUCUUCACUUGGAACUUGUCACAAGUCUAACGACAGAGUCGUUCCUUGCUGCUCUCCGCCGCUUCAUGAGUCGUCGGGGAAAGCCUCAAACUCUGUAUUGUGACAAUGGGACUUCGUUUGUCGGGGCAUCAAACGAACUUAGUAACCUUUUAAAACAUAAUCACGAUAAGCUGCAGUCAGGUAUGGCAGAAAACCUUAUUAACUUCAAAUUUAGCCCGGCUUACUCACCGCACUUCGGCGGUCUUUGGGAAGCCGCAGUAAAAUCAACAAAAUAUCAUCUCAAACGCAUUCUAUCUCUUACACAUUUAACGUAUGAAGAAUUAAAUUGUUGCCUGAUUCAGAUAGAAGCUAUUUUAAAUUCUAGACCCCUAACACCUUUAUCUUCUGAUCCAUCUGAUCUGACCUACCUAUCGCCCUCUCAUUUCCUUAUUGGACGUUCUCUUCUGUCAGUCCCACAAGAAUCGCUGACUGAAGAAAACAUCUCACGGCUUGAACGGUUCCAGAGAGUUGAAAAACUCAAGCAGCAUUUCUGGAGCCGCUUUUCUAAUGAGUAUGUUACUCUCCUCCAGCAGAAGACGAAGUGGCACACUUCGACGGACCAGCUGCAAGUUGGGACUAUGGUCUUAGUCAAGGACCGCGCACUUCCUCCUCUCCUGUGGCUGCUGGGACGCGUCACGAAGCUGUACCCGGGCACGGACAACGUCACCAGAGUCGCCGACAUCCGUACGAAGAAAGGAGUCAUCCGUAGAGCUUAUAAUAACUUGUGCCCACUCCCUAUUUCGUAAUU